AUGGACGCGGGAUCCACCGCUCCCUCCUCCUCAUCCGCCGCUUCCGCCGCCGCCGCCGCCGCCGCAACCGCAACCGCAACAACCUCAAUGGAAGAUUUUCAGACCCCGGCGGCCGCCAUAUCGCGGUGGAAGUUCGAGGUAUCCCGUCAGUACCAGCACCUGCUUGACAAAACUACCCCGCACGUGCUGAACCGUUGGCUGGGAACGUUGACGGUUGCGUUCGUGUACGCGCUGCGCGUGUACUUGAUCCAAGGGUUCUACGUCGUUUCGUACGGACUCGGAAUUCACCUGCUGAACCUCUUGAUUGGGUUUCUUUCCCCUCAGGUCGAUCCCGAGAUUCAAUCACUCUCAGAGGGACCCACUUUGCCAACAAGAAGCAACGAUGAGUUCCGUCCCUUCGUUCGUCGCCUCCCAGAGUUCAAGUUCUGGUACUCAAUAACAAAGGCUUUUUGCAUUGCGUUUGUGAUGACAUUUUUUAGUGCAUUUGAUGUUCCAGUGUUCUGGCCAAUACUCCUAUUCUAUUGGGUGGUCCUAUUUACACUUACUAUGAGGAGACAGAUAUCACACAUGAUCAAAUACAAAUAUGUACCGUUCACAUUUGGCAAACAGCGCUAUAAUGGGAAGAGAGCAUCAGCAGAAAGCGCAAGCCUUUCAGAGGACUGAGACCUUCAGGUUUAUUGAUCUUUUAUAUAUUCAUUUAAGUCGCAAACCAUUGCAGUAUAUUUUAACGGAUGGAGCAAUCUGAGUAGGUCAAUGUGGACCUAAAGAAGGUUGCUUUGUGGUCGAGUGUGCGAUGUUAAAUUCCCACAGGAGCAAGUGUUUGAUUGAUCAUAUUGAAAUGUUCUUAUGCUCUUUCGAAAGAUACGUGUUUCCGGGGAGAUGUCUGAAUUUCUGAGGGCUCUUUGUUCUUUUACUUACGGUAUUUUCUAUUGCUAUGCAGGUGCAUUACCAAAAGGAAAAAAAAAAAUGUUAUAUACAUAUGCAUCUUAUUGUUGAAUUCGUAGUCAAAUAACGAGAAUUUUAGGUAGCUUGUGUAGAAUGAAUCCCCUUGAUUAUUUGCUACGCCUGUGUGGUUAUAUUGAUCUACCAAUUCCAAAUUUGUUUGAAAAAGUGAUUUACAUAUAAAAUGGACGAAAGUGGAUAAUGUUUCCUUGUUA